AUGGCGGACAGGGUGUUCGACAUCACCAGAACCUUUCCUCUUGCUUUGGAUGUUGGCUCUGGAAGAGGUUACAUAGCUCAACAUUUAACCAAGGAAAUCGUUGAAAAACUUAUUCAAGUUGAUAUUGCAGAGAAUGCUUUAAAAAAUUCUGUAGAAUCUGAAAUCCCUACGGUCAAUGUUGUAGCUGAUGAGGAAUUCCUUCCUUUCAAAGAAGAUACAUUUGAUCUGGUUGUUAGCAGCUUAAGUUUGCACUGGGUGAAUGACCUUCCUAGAGCUUUUAGAGAGAUUCACCAAGUUCUUAAGCCGGAUGGAGUGUUCGUUGGUGCAAUGCUUGGAGGAGACACUCUGUAUGAGCUGCGCUGCUCUCUGCAGCUAGCAGAAUUGGAGAGGGAAGGGGGGUUUUCUCCCCAUGUAUCGCCGUUCACUGCUGUCUCUGAUUUGGGUCACCUGCUGUCGAGAGCUGGCUUUAACACCCUGACUGUGGAUACUGAUGAAAUUCAAGUUAACUACCCAGGGUUGUUUGAAGUUAUGGAGGACUUGCAAGGUAUGGGGGAGAGUAAUUGCUCUUGGAACAGAAAACCGCUGCUGCACAGGGAGACAAUGCUGGCAGCUGCUGCAAUAUACCGAGAAAUGUAUGGAAAUAGCGAUGGCUCAGUACCUGCCACGUUUCAGAUCUUCUAUAUGAUUGGCUGGAAAUUCCAUGAAUCACAGGCAAGACCAGCCCAGAGAGGUUCUGCAACAGUUUCAUUUGGAGAUCUGGCAAAAAUAGAUGGACUACUUUCAAGAGAUAAAAAAUAG